CUCUCGGGAAUCAGAAGUUGAUUUGUGGGUGGUUGAAUGAGUGAGGUGGUUUUGAAAUUUGCAUGUCAUCGAAACAAGGCGCGACUUGGAUGUAACUUAGAGCUAGUGUUUUACCUGUCUCUGUUCACUGCUGCAGGGGUUGAAUGCUGGGUCACUUUCUAGUUGAUUCUUUUAGCCAUUUAUUGGUAAAAUUGGCCUAUUUCCUGUGGUAACAGUGCCCAAACUAAAACCCUUUGCUGCCCAUUUCAAUAUUUAUUGAUAUUCAAUAUAUGAUUUGUUUUUGCAUCCAUGCAAGGAUCUGAAAGUGGGUGAAGGCUGCGGGUAUCGGACUGUCGGUAUAAAACAUUAAUGUAGCUACUUACUUGAGGACAUUGCUGGUCAAUAGUUCUUAACCACCAUUUUUGAAUGCUGGCCAACUAAGGCAGCACCGUCCGGCGGCCGCAGCCGACACUAGAGCCGCCAUGUAGCGCCGGCAGAUGGCUCUGCCGUCGCGCCGAUAGAUGGCUCCCGCGUCGCGUCGUCCCGCCGCCAUUGAAGUACUGGUUGAAACUCUGACGGGCGCUGGGUUCCGUCUGCGAGUUUCCAGCUUUGAGACUGUGCUGUCGGUGAAGGCGCGCAUCCAGAGGAUCGAAGGAGUACCUGUUUCCCAACAGCACCUGAUCUACAACAACAAGGAGCUGUUAGACGGCUCUUCGCUGCUGGAAAGCGGCGUUCACAGCGGGUCACGUAUUCAGCUGGUUGUCGCUAUGAGAGGCGGCCCGGUGAACAUGAAAAGGCUACCGAUGUACGAUGACAUUACAAGAGCCGAACUACAUCAGUUGAUGGACAUGCAAAGUGAGAGUCCCUGGGAGUCGGACUCGUCGGGCCGUCAGGUGACUCUCCUCGUGCUCAGGGAGGGGGAUCAGGUGAACUUUUACCGAGUCAUGGAGAAUGGAGACGGCACCUUCUCACCGCUCUCCGACUCGUGGGGAGCCGCCAUACGAAACAUGUACCGAGAGGAGGAUCCCGAUGAACUGAGGCGGCGCAUUGACGAAAACACCAACACAAUGAGCAAGGUGACGGAACUCAAACGCAAGAUGCACGAGAUGUCCGUGAAGAAAAAGGGUCGUCCGCCGCCCUCCCGUGGGCGGCGCACCCCGCGCCCCACUGCCCCCGCCGGGCGGGUGCACCUCCCCCCGGUCACCCCCGCCCCCACCACGGCCCCCACCGGGGCUCGACAGUCGGCCUCCUUUCCUCCCGUCCAUGGAGAACUCUCAGAAUCAUUUUCACGGCUGUCGCGCCGUGGCGCCGCCCAGCGGGAGACUCGCGAAGCUGAGGUUCCGACGACGGCCGCUAGGGGCGUGUCGGCGGUGGCGGAGACUGACAGGGUGCUGACGUCACGGGGAGGUGUGACGUCACGCGGUCAGGUGACGUCAGGACGGAGGAGGAAGCUGAGUCUGUCUGAGAGCACGGAACUCUUCAAACAGGUCAGUUCAGCUGCAGAGAGCUGAGUUUGUGGGAGUUUGAUGGUGAGUGAGUUGUUACAGUGUGUCGCAAGAGAUUGUUGUGGACUGGACUGGAUUGUUGUCAAUGAACUUUUGGUCCGACUCCGACUCCGACUCUGGCUUCCAAAAAUGAGCUUGGACUCUGACUUCGGCAUCACUGUGGACCCUUGUCGACUCCAAUUUCGACCCCGCAGCCCUGGACCUAUGAGUUGGUACUGAAUUUGCUCUUUUGCUCAUC